AUGUAUAAACACAAAAAAACGCAUAGUUGCCUAAAGCAAUUAGCCCUAAAGCAAUUAGCAAAAACACAAAAGCCAUCUAUUAAAAUAGCAGAGUUGACUGACGAUCACGGAAAUAUGUACACGGAGCCACAAGAAAUAUCUGAAAUCAUGAAUAAUUUCUUUAUUAACAUUUUAAAACAAGUGGGAGACAACACGACUCAAGCUGGAGAAUUUCUUCAUGAACAGGUAAUUGCGGAGUUUGUAUCAUCGAAGAUCUCAGAUGAUCAAGCCCAGUUUAGCAUUCCUGAAAUAACGAGUAAAGAUGUCCAAGAAAUAAUAGAUAAACUGUCAAAUAAUAAAGCUACAGGUUCUGAUGGAAUAAGUGUGAAACUCCUUAAACUGAUUGCACCGGUAUUCUGCGAACCAUUAACUAAAUUGUUAAAUUACUCGAUAGCCACCAAUACAUUUCCAUCGGCAUGGAAGAUGGCUCGUGUUACCCCCCCCUUUAUAAAGAUGGAGAACGUGAUCAGAGUAAUAACUACCGACCAAUAUCAGUAUUAUCCGUAUUGUCGAAGAUUCUCGAAAAACACGUGGCCAAAUCCUUAA